UGUGAAUUAAUCAAUUUAAAAGUCAUAACAAAGCAAUGUGUUGUGACUUUGUUUAGUGGUUAGAAAAGUUAAAACAAUAUUUUACGCAUAUGUUAAAAUAUAGUUACAGUUAAGUAAAAUGGGUUUGACCAAACAAUAUCUUCGCUACGUACCUAGCGGUACAUUCAAUGUAAUAGCUAGUCCUGAUUGUAAUAGCACUCAUGUGACUUUAAAUGGAGUUAGUGGAAGGUACAUUGCAGUGGGAGCAUGUGAACAUGUUAUUAUUUGGGACAUGAGAUUAGGAGAAAAGGCCCAGGUGAUACCGGGUGAGAAUGUGAUGGUGUCCCAAAUAGCAGCUAGCUCUAACGGCAACCAUAUAGCUGUUGGCUAUGUAGAUGGCAACAUUAAUGUGUUCGAGCUGACCAACAAUGAAAUAGUAUGCGUGUUUGCGGGACACAAGUCUGCCGUCACUUGUCUUCAGUAUGACGAACAAGGCACCAGGAUAGUAUCUGGAUCAAAGGACACUGAAGUGAUUCUCUGGGAUGUGGUGUCUGAAACUGGUGUGGCAAGAUUCAGCGGUCACAAGGGAGCCAUAACUAGUGUUAUGUUCAUUAACGGAAAGAAUUGCAUCAUCAGCUCUUCAAAGGACACAUUUGUUAAAUUCUGGGACAUUGAAACAAAACACUGCUUUAAAACACUCGGCGGACAUCAAAUGGAGGUCUGGUCGGCAGUAUUACUGAAGGAAGAGCGUUACUUGGUAACAGGCAGUAUGGACCAAGAGCUCAGGGUCUGGAAACUAAAUUGGAAAGAGAAAAUAAAAGAAGAAGAUAAAAUUUCACAGCAAUUGGAGAUUGUUAAAAUAGAAGACACAGAUAAUACUGAAGACAGUUCUAUCCUUCAAUGUCAUCAAGUGGGCACCUUGAUCCGCGGCGGGCGGGGCCGAGUCGUUGGUCUGGAGACGGAUCUCGGUCAGACCGUGCUCGCUUGCUACGGAACAGACUCCCUGUUGGAGCUGUUCGCGUUCUGUUCUGAUGAUGAAGCCAAAACUAGAAUGAGCAAACGUGUCAAGAAACAGAGGAAGAAGAUGACCAAACUGAAGGAAACCGGUGAAGUUGAUAUGGAAGUGAGUGAAGUGAGUGAGUUACUGACACUCUCCGACGAGGUCCGGAGACUCAGUUCCAUCAAACUAUCAGCUAAGUUGAAGUCUGCGGCCUUGUUACUGGGCACGUCGGGGGAACUCCGUGUGGGCGUGACACUGGCCACCAACACCGUUGAGCUACACAGUCUGGCGCUUGAAGACGGGAAUGAAGUGACAUGUCUGAAGCAGAUCACGUUAUCUGGUCAUCGUCGUGAGGUCCGCUGCGUAUCUCUGUCCUCCGACAACCUCGCCGUGCUGUCAGCCUCUGCGGACUCUGUUAAACUAUGGAACAGAACCAGUCAGGCCUGUCUCCGCACAAUACCGUUAUCAGUCCGACCCACGAGCUCGUGCUUCGCCCCCGGCGAUCGUCACGCGCUCGUCUCGUGUUCUGAUGGAUCUUUACUGCUGUUGGAUGUAGCAGCAGCUAACGUCAUGGAGAGUAUCCCAGCCCACGAAGGUGGAUGUAGCUGUGUGGGACUCACGCCGGAUCUGCGCGGUUGUUAUUCCGGCGGAAGUGACAAAACGGUGAAGUUAUGGCAGUUUGAACUCAUUCCCGACCCGACUGGAGACUCGAAGGCAAAGGUCCUUUCACUGCUACACACCCGCACAUUAGAGUUAGAGGAACAAGUGACUGCGGUGCGGAUCAGUCAGAACAACAAAUUCAUAGCAGUGGCGUUACUAGAUUCAACUGUUAGAAUAUUCUUUUACGACACUUUUAAGUUCUACAUCUCUCUAUAUGGCCAUAAACUACCGGUGUUGUCUAUGGAUAUAAGUUCGGACUGCAAUAUCAUAGCCACAGGCUCAGCUGAUAGGAACGUUAAAAUUUGGGGCUUAGACUUUGGUGACUGUCACAAGUCGAUCUUCGCCCACAACGACUCUAUCACGGGUGUGCAGUUUGUUCCCGGGACGCAUUACUUCUUCACCAGCUCCAAGGACGGGAAGGUCAAGCAGUGGGACGGUGAUUCAUACGACAAUAUCAUCACGCUGGAUGGUCAUGCUGGCGAAUGUCUGAGUUUGUGUGUCGGGGGCGGCGGACUCCAUGUGGUGUCAUGUGGUGGGGACGGAGCCCUAAGACUGUACACGCGCUCAGAGGAGCCCCUGGUUCUAGGAGACCAGGACGAAAACGAAGAGGGACUCGCUACAGGGGAACAACAUGCCCCCGUCCCGGGAUUGCCAGGUCUAAUUAUGCCAACUAAGAAGACUAUUGGAGCCGAAAAAGCUGCUGAUUCUAUAGUAGAGUGUCUGUCAGUGUGUGCGGAGUAUGAUCAGCUGGUGUCCGAGGCGAGGGGACAGCCGGUGGAACCCCCUGUACUAAUGGCGGCUUACAACUGUAACAACUCCGAAGACUUCCUCUUGGAGACCAUAUGUAGGAUACGAGCGAGUGAACUAGAGGAGGCUCUUCUGUUACUUCCUCUGAGCGCAUCAACGUCUCUGGUCCCACGUCUCGCCGGUCUGUUGGACCGCGGCUGGUCCGAGCCGGUCUGUCGCACGGCGCUGUUCCUACUUCGAGUGACGCCAUCUCUCCAACAGCCCGCGCUCCUCAAACACCUCAUACAGAUACAGGCGCGAGCUGCCAUGAGAGUCAACGAGAUACGAGACAUGGUCGGCUUCAACCUGCACGCCCUCCAGUGGAUCCGGCGCGAGGCGGAGUCCUCGGCGGGGGAGCAGCUGUUCCGCGACGCGACUGUCGCACGCAAGUCGCGCGACAGACGUGCGACAGUCGCCCGGGCCAGGAAACGAGCCAUCGUCACUAUCACUUAGAUUAAAUAAAAUAAACAUUUUAAAAUAUUAAGAAACUUUAAAGAUCGGAUGUAAAGAAAUAAAACAAAUUACAUUAUA